AAUGGACGUUCACUCCAGUCUCAAGUUGUUCUGAGACUCUAACAGAUUUUCUUCUGAGUUCAUUUCCAUCCAUUUUCCAUCAUCUCUAACCAGAAACUGUCCAUGCAGGGAAAAGACUUUCUUCUUUUUUAUUUCAUUUUCCCAACAGACAUAGACACAGGAACCUACAACUGCAAUGUCAAUAAUUACCGGUUAAAAAAAACCCUGACGAGGAAACAGGUGCUGCCUGAUGUCAAAGUUCAAACUGACUCUCUCAUCAUAGCCAUAGACUUUGGUUCUGGAUUCAGUGGCUACGCCUUCAAUGUUAAACCCAGAGAGGAAGGAGGUGAAACCCAGAUAAAGAGAUGGAGUAAUGGACUUGGACUGGACACCCCAAAGACUCCAACCUGCAUCCUGUUUGAUGAACAUGGAGAAUUUAUGAAGUUUGGUUAUGAAGCUAUAACAGCAUUUAAUAAUAUGAGAGAAGAAGAAGCUGAGAAACAUUAUUUCUUUGAAAACUUCAAGAGGAGGGUCCUUUACAGAAACAACUGGAGAAUCUACACAGCCAACAGGAACUGGAUGUCGACCCAGAAGGUUUUUACAGAAGUUCUGAGAUUCCUGAAGGACGAUGCUCUGAAAACCAUCAGACCUCAUCCAGAAGUUGGAGGAUUCACAGCUGAUGACUUCUUCUGGGUUCUGACUGUUCCUGACAUCUUGGAAGAUUCCACUAAAGAGCUCAUAAUAAAAUCUGCAACUCUGGCUGGUCUGGUAACAGACGACACUAAAGACAAACUGGUGUUUGUUUUGGAUUCAGAAGCAGCUUUGACCUGGUGUUUGAACCUUCAACCUGAUGGUUUCAUCAAACAGAACCACAGCAGAGACUCACAGGAUCAACCAGCAGAACCAGCAGAACCUGAUACCAGCUGUAACGAUCCAGCAGGAAGUCAGGAGGCUGUACAGUUUACUGUGGAACCAGAAGAAACCAAAGUUCUGCUGGAGACCCAAAGAGACGGGAAACGGUUCCUUGUUGUCGACUGUGGAGAUAAAAAAAUUCACUUCACUGUUCAUGACGUCCUGGAAGGAGGAGCCAUGAAGAAACUGUAUAACGACUCUCAGGACAAUCUGGGAGGAAGAUCUGUGGAUAAAAACUUCAAACAGUUCCUGAGAGAAAUCUUCUCCAAUGAAGUCUGGCAUAAAUAUGAGAAAAACUUCCCUCUUGAGGUUCUGAAGAUGAUGUUUGAUUUUACUCAUCUUGAACAGGUGGAUGAAGAUGUUCAGAUCAGUUGCCCGGGUACCCUGGUCAUGUUGGCUCAGAAAAUCAAAGAGAUUGAAGCGUUCUUUGAUUCAGUGGAAGGAGCUUCCUGGAAUAAUGGAUCCAUCAGAAUCAACAGAGAAAAACUGAAAACUUAUUAUGAUGAGAGUCUGCAGGGAAUCACUGAGAGCCUUGGAGAAAUAUUAAACAAGGAUUUCAACAUUGGAUAUAUUGUGUUAGUGGGAGGCUUUGCUGAGAGCCAGAUUCUCCGUCAGCACAUCACUGAUCAGUUUGGACCUCAGUAUAAAGUCCUGUGUCCUCUGAGACCCCAGGAAGUGAUUCUGAAAGGAGCCGUAGAGAUGAGGAGAAACCCAAAGCUGGUGGAGUCUCAGAGAAAACGUCCAGCUUGGUUCAAAUGUUUGUCAUGAGAUUUAUUUUUAUUUAUUUUUUGUUCUGAAUAAUUAAGACAAUGUGAAUAGUUUUGAUUCAUUUUUUGGGGAGGUAUGAGGGGGUUCAUUGAAUAACUUU